AUGACUACCUCGCUUGAUGCACAGCAGGGUAGAUACUCUCACCUCAAUGGCUCGACCACCGACCUGCUUGAGAGAUUCGCUGUCUCUGAGCUCUGCAAGGGCUGGCCCGUUUACAGAGACUCAUCUGAGUGGAAGAACUAUCGCGACAUCUUUGACAAGGAUGCCACUGUCUGGACAACCUGGAGCAAGGGCCGCUCUGUAGAUGACUUCAUUGCCAUCUCCAAGCAGGGCAAGGGCCAAGGCGACUUCAUCAUGCACCGCGAGUGCGGCACGCUGGUCGAGUACGCCCCCGAGCACGGCCGCGCCAUUGGCAAGAUGAAGGCCACCAUUACGCAGCGCUUCAGGACGCCCGCAUCGCUCGCCACGGACGACUGCCCCGUCGGCACCGAGUUUGAUGUCGACUGCGACUGCCGCUUCAUCUUCUUUUGCGCCAAAGACCCGGGUGGUGAUACCAAUGGCGCCGGCGCCGGCGCAGGCUGGAAGGCCAAGUACGUCAAGCUGUUUUACGAAAAGGACAAGAUCGUGCCCGUCGACGGCUUGCACGCUCCCACGUUUCCCAAGGAGCUGCUCGACUCGUUCCCCGAGGGAUACAGCUAUCUUGGCGCUGCGCAGAGCAUGCUUGGCUACCCUGUCACCAAGCACCUCCCCACGGCUCAGGACCACAAGUCCUGGUUUGCCAUGUAUGAAAAGAUGGAGGAGUGGCUCACAGGAAAAGAUGUUGACCUGCUGGUGGAUGACGAUGACUCUGUGGAUCAUCUGAGGAAGGAGAAGGUGUCUCUCAAUGGUUUGGCCAACACGAAUGGUAGCAAGACUGUUACCAUCUCUUGA